CAUUCUUUUGUAGACUUACAAGCCAGUGCAGAAGAUAAAGAAAUUCGAAUAGUACUUCUUGGAAGAACAGGAGCUGGGAAAAGUGCAACAGGAAAUAGUCUUUUAGGUCGGAAUUAUUUUCUAUCCAAAAAUUCCGGUUCUUCAGUAACUGGAAAUUGUAAACGCGGAGAAUCUGAACGGAAAGGGAAAAACGUAGUUAUAGUUGAUACCCCGGGUUUAUUCGAUACGACAACGACGAAUGCAAAUGUUACUAAGGAGAUAGUCAAAUGUAUCGGUAUGACGUCACCGGGACCUCAUGCAAUGGUCCUUGUUGUAAGUGUCGGUCGAUUUACGCAGGAAGAGGAAGAUACAGUCAAACAUUUUAUUAAUCAUUUUGGUGAAGGUGUGUUUCGCCAUAUGAUUGUUCUUUUCACUAUGAAGGAUAAACUUAUCAAACAUAAUCAAUCGAUUGAUCAAUUCGUUGAAACUGUUCCGAAUAAACUAAAAACUAUACUGAGUCAGUGCGGAAAUAGAUUCAUUGCGUUUUACAAUGAUCCUUUUCGACAUUCGAAUACGGAGCAAGUUGAUGACUUUUUUGAAAUGAAAGAGGCGAUGUGCAGUGAAAAUGGGGGAUCCUGUUAUACAAAUGAACUAUACAAAGAAGCAGAAUAUGGCCUACAGAGAAGGAUGCUUAUUGAAAAGGAAGCAUUAGAAGAGCAAAAGGAAAAAGAAAAAAAAACGGUAAGAAAUGAAGUAGAAGAUAAAUACAAGAAAAAACUUGAACAGGAAACGAAAGAGAAAAUUAGAUUGGAAGAUGCCUUAAACUCCAAUAAAAAAGAAACAGAGGAAACAAAGUAA